UAUAAACCCUAUCAACAAUACCAGUAACCCUAUAAACUCUAAGAAGAAAUUUUUGAUUUUCCCUUGAAUAAUCAAUGCUAUUUGCUUGUAAUACUAGCCAAUUUGGGUGUCCUAACAUCUAAGUGUCUCGUUUAUCUUACAGGUCAAGAAAAUAUUUAGUAAAACCUCGAAGAUUAAACCAGAGAGGAAGAUCUCGUAAAAACUGGAAGAUGAUAAUUCAAAGAGGAAGACUUCGUAAAGCCUUGAUGAUGUUAAACCAGGGAGGAAAACCUCAUAAAACCUCGAAGAAAUUAAACCAGAGAGGAAGACCUUGUAAAACCUCGAAGACAUUAAACCAGAGAGGAAGACCUCGUAAAGCCUUGAAGAUCUUAAACCAGAGAGGAAGACCUUGUAAAACCUCGAAGACAUUAAACCAGAGAGGAAGACCUCGUAAAGCCUUGAAGAUCUUAAACCAGAGAGGAAGACCUUGUAAAACCUCGAAGAUGUUAAAGCAGAGAGGAAGACCUCGUGAAACCUCGGAGAUAUUAAACCCAAAUGGAGGACUUCAUAAAAUCUUGAAGAUGUUGAGCAAGAGAGGAAGAUCUCAUAAAACCUCGAGUUUAUUAGAUCAGAAAGGAAAAUCUAAUAAAACCUCGAAGAUAUUAAACCAGAGAGAAAGUUCUAGUAAAAUCUUAGAGAUGUUAAACAGGAGAGGAAGAGGCAUUUGUUUACAUCUCUUAAAUGAGGCCAUGAGGAGAAAGAAAUUGAAGGAUAAUCCCAAGACACAGAAAGUUGCUCAGAAGGACUGGCUAGAAAGAAUGCUUAAAUUCAAAAGACACAGUCCAAAAUUCAAGAUUCCCAGGUCUGAAACACCGAAAAAUUCUGCUGAUGCUGACAGAAAGAAACAAUUGGAGGCUUCGAUUAUGAGAGAAGUUCAGACUAAUGUGCGCUUCCCUCAGAAACGAAUAAAUGUAGCAGAGAGGAAGAAACAUUUGGCAGAGCUUAAAGAAACAACUGAUUUCAAACGCCUAUCCCCCAAGCCUACAAAUUUGAUGCAGUAUAUUAGAAAGAAUUUCAAAAAGGUCCAGAAACAAUUCAAGGAAUUGCAAGACCCAUUCACCUCAGAGUACUCACCUCAGUUCAUGGAGAUGAUGACCAAGGAGAUAAACGAACACGGCAUGGGCCUUCAGCAUGGGGUAUUGGUAAGAAAGCUGCAAGAGGUACAGUUAGAGCCACUCAUGACACUCACCUUGUCAGAUGACUAUGGCAACCACAACACUACUGUGUUUGUUAAAUCAUUCAUCAGUGCCAAAGAUGCCCUUAUUCAAGCACUAAAAUCCUUAAGAAGUCCAGUUCAGCUACUUCCAUACACGUACUACCAUAUCUACCAAGUAUUAAGCCCUGUGUGUGUACGUGAGAUGGCGCCAGAUGAGAAGAUCUUAGAGAGCCAAGUGAGGGGCGUGCAGAAGUACACUUACCUUGUCAGGAGAGAGAGAAUGCUCUACAAGGUGGACGAAGAUGUAGAUUUCAACUACUGUCAAGAACUACUGGGUCAGGACAAGCAGCUGCUAGUAUGUCGUUACAGGGAGAUUAAAGAAGGUCGCUUGAGAGUUCUCAGAGUCAAGAUCAAAAACACAUGGCAGAUGGAACAGUAUGAAGAUGCAGGUUGCAGAUAUUAUGUAAAAAGGCCCCCCGUGGAUUGGGAAGGCAAGAGACAGGUCAAACAACCACCUCGUCGCUGCAAGUUGUAUUUUUGUAAUGUUACAUCUUACAUCAUGGAUAAUUUUGGAGAGAGAGAGUACCACUGGUAUCCUGACUAUGGGUACAUGCAGCGGCUCUACCAAUACAGUUUCAACAAAGUCUCAGAAGUAAUGAGUGUGUUGCAGAAAGAGCUACAUGAGAUGGACACUCAGUACCAGAACCUCCUUGCUACUCCACCUGAGACUCUCUAUGCUGAGGAUGAGCUCAUGUUACUGAACUGUAAGUAUGAAGAAGAAGUGAAGGAACAAGAAUCCAAGGAAAAACAUGAAGAAUUCUUGAAAACUCUUGAAUAUUAUGUCAAUAAGACAAAUAAAACAUAUUUUAGCUCAGUACAGGGCAUGAGGGCAGCAUGGGAUCUGUACCAAUAUGUGUUGUUUAAUUUUCAAAACAACUUGUUUAUAUUGGACACCUAUGUAAAAGACAUUAUUAAAUAUGAAUCACUGAUAAAAUGGCACAGGUUGAAUGGUCGCACAUCCUUGAUACAAUCAUCACAGAUAAAAAUAUUGAGAUUGGAGGAAAUGAUGUGCAGAGCAGUUGAUUGUACUCUUAAACAAUUGAAAAUAGCUGAGGUUUUAAAACAAACACAAAUUUUAGAGCCUGAGAAAGAGGUGGAAAAAUUGAGCUUAGAGAGCAUUGAAGUUGCCCAGGACAUACAACAAUAUAGGACCUACGAUUUCGUCAGUAAUAUAUCACAGAAAAAAAUGGCACAUGCUCAGGGUAGAGCCAUUACAUUGAAAAUGGACAGUAAGUUAAAGUAUGACGAUGAGAAACAUAUAAAAGCCAAUAUUAAUAAAACUACAGUAAACAAAUGUAUUCAAGAAAAGGAGUGUCAUUUUUACAGUGGAAAAAAAUUUGGCAAGAACUUAUGAUUGCCA